CCAGUCUCAUAGCGAUCUCGUGGCGGUCACACCACAGUUGCAACGAAUACGCUACGCAACGAAAACAAAGAUACAACGAAAAAUGUAUAGAAUCACUCUCGUUUUCGGGUUGAUUAUUUACGUGGAGUGUGCGAACUAUCAACGUUACGGCGAGCCGGGUGGUACACUACCUCAGUAUUCGACUAUAUCUAAUCUAUAUAAUCAGUACCCCUAUAAGAAUAGUUACGGUAAUGACUUAGCUAAUUUCCCUGAAGCGACUCGAUAUCCGAAUUUCAGCCCUGGACAGGUGACGCCAAGGUACAAUACGUAUGACAAUCAGAAGUCAAAUGUCAACAAUCAACCGGGGUACUUCAUGGGCACGGGGUACACCACACCGAGGUACGGGCAAGAAUAUGGAGGGUACAGUUCGUAUGAGAUGCCGUUUAUGAAGGACAUUAGAGAUUACUGCGUGAAUCGUUCACCGCAAAUGGGGAUAUGGGUGGAGAGUUUGAUGGGGAUUUGGUAUGGAGUGGAGUUCGUACAACAUCUCGCUGGCGAUUCCAGGGUGGACUACACGAAAACGUGCAUAGUUAUACACAUUUCGGAGCCAAUGGACCGACCGUCAACCGAGAACCAGCUGUUCCAUGUGCAACACAUCAACGCGAGGUUCAGGCAGCAGUAUAGACACCUGCGUCUGCUGUGGGAUGAGGCAGGGCACACCAGCGAAUACGCGCUCUACUUCAAAAACGACUCCGCUGGCUACUGGCAGGUCUAUGAUGGACAGAACGGAACGCUAACAUCCAGACCGAACUACCAGCAGUUCAGCGGAACAGUGCAAGUGUUGAAAGCAGUGCAGGACCAUCUCGUUCUGAACUUCUGCCAGGAGCCAGUGAACGGAAAACCGGCUCAACUUUACUCCGUCCUGUUCUCACGCGAGCCAGGCGUCAUGUCUAGAUGGGAAAUCGAAUCAGUACACAAUAUGCUGCAGAAUAAGAAGUUGUCGGUGGCUUCUAGAAGAAUGGUGUGUGGUAACGGUGCUGAGAGACAUUCACAAAGCAUCGUUAUAUCAACAUUAACUUGUUUAUUGGCAGCUAUUCUUGGAACUUCUUAAUCAUUGUUCCUAAAAUAGUGUAGGCGGUUUGAGGUCAAAUGAUAAAUAUAUAUCUUUUCUUAGGAAAAGGAAACAUAGUAAUGAUCUCGCUGAGUCUCAUGAUGAGUAGAUAGCAAACAGUUAUACCUAUACUCUUGUUCGAACAAUUAUUUCGAGAUAUUUACGUUGAUAAUAUUCAGUAUGUUCAUUGUAGAUUUACAUACACACAUUGUGUUACCAUAAAAAUUAUAAAUCGCUUUAAACGCAAUAAGAUUUAAAAUGAAAAAUGUACAUCUUUGCAAAUGUAUUCUUCAUUGUUUCAUGUAGUUGAGAUCAAUCAUACUACUUAUAAUAUACUUAGCAAUAGUAAAGUAAGCGAUUACGUGUGCUUAUAUUGAUUGGUCACCAAUAUUGGUCAGAUUGUUGAUCGGAGCUGGUCAGACAGCUUUUAUCGUCAAGAUAUGAGAUAGUGUGGUUACGAUGGCGACAGUUUAGGUAUCGAUAGUUGAUUUUGAAAAUCAAUUGCAUCAGUAACACUAUAAAAUUAGAGGUUUGGGGCCGUCCACUAAUCACGUGAUGUUUUUUUCAGCAUUUUUAAUCCCCUUCCCCCUUGGUGAUACAUGGUGAGGUUUGAGACUAACCCCCCCUCCCCCUCCAACCAAAUCAUGUGUAUUUUUAGUACCCACAAAAAUGUUAAUUUUUGACGCAGCUUUUCAGUUUAGUAAUCUCGGGGUUGAGGAAAAGAUAAAUACACUUAAUAUAUUACUACACCCCACUCCCCUUGUGAUCUUCCUCCCCACUUUCGAGUCUCACGUGAUUAAUGGAUGGGCCCUUAUGUGAGUGACAUGAAUACGUAUUAUUUGAUCUCUGCAUACUCAGCAUGAACUACAUUUUAUUUUGCUGAAUAUUACUAUGCAAAUGCCAAGUACUCCUAUUAAUUGGAUGUGGUCUAAUUGCUCACGGUACAGCCUACACUUUAUCAGGUUACUAUAUGUGGCUGAAUUUUUGCAAUUUAUAUUGAACCUGAUAAAGCCCUGCAAAUAAUUUGCCUACGAAUUUCAUAAUAAUAAAAAAUAACGCUUAGCCUUUUUGCAAUAACUGGACAUACUGCCGACUUUUUUUAAGCAAGCAAAAAUAUUAUAGCAUCGUCGACUAUCAAUUAAGUAAACUAUCGAUACUGUUAGAAUAACUUAGGUUAUGUCAAUAUCAAGUUUAUCGAUAAUAUAGAUAGAGAACAGCUAUCAUUAUUUAAUUCCACUACACUUCGUGAAUCUUUGUCUACCGGUAUAUGAUUCAAAAUAUGUAUUGGUCAUCUAAUCUAACAUGGAUUAAACUGUCUGUAAAACAUUGUGCAACCAAUUUCCUAGAAUUGGAAACUUAAUUAAGCAACAUGUAUUUAUUGUAGUUUUGUCCAUUCACAAAUCAUGAUUACACGUUGUCUUAGUAAUUUUGUAAUUUUGAUUUAAUUAAGGCAAUAAUUAGAUGGUUUGUUCCCAGUGAACGAGAUAAAAAUUACCAGUUAUUUGGAAAAUAAACAUAGGAAGUUCCAACGAAAAUUUCGAGAAUGGGUUUCGACGAACUCAAGUUUAAUUCAAGGAAUACCAUUUCAAUUAAAUAACCAUCCAAUGAGUCAAAGAUUUUUUAACAAGAAAUGUAACAUAUUAUAUGACGCGCAUACAAUAGGAAGAAGCAUAUAUUUUGAUUAUAAUGAAACUUUAGGUUUACAAACUUACUUGGUUCGUUAUUUAUAAAAAAAUACUACAUAAUUGUAUGAUCAAAAGGCAUUAAAACUAAAAAAGGUUUUAUUAAAAAGAGAACUAAAGCGAUUUCAUUUUUUGUUUGAGUAUUGAAACGUGUCCGAAUAGCAUGAAAUUAACGCGUUUAUUCAAUACGAAAUGUACCUACCAUAACUAUUGUAGCAAACCAAAUUAAUUUUUAAGCAAAAUUACUGGGUACUUCAUUUACAUUAUUCGAUCGAUUAUAAAUUAGUUUUCGUAGAAAAUGUAUUUUUAAUAAUUUUGUGGCAAGUCUAGUAAUGUUUUACGUUGUUUCUUGUUUAUGUAAGAGUAUAAGAUUAAUGAGGUAAUUUAAAUAAGUCGUUACCAAAGAUUAAUUCUAUAUUUAAUGUUAAUAAUUUAUUAUUAUAAAUAUGUAUGUCAUAUUAUUUUAAUAUAUGUAUAUUGUGACUCG